AAAAAAAGUCUCUCUUUUGCAUCAUCUUUACCUUGGUUUUGUGCAUUUGGUAACUUUAAAAACGAUUCGUGAAACCUUUAAAUUAAACAUCCUUUACUGCAACAUAUGAAGGGAGAUUAUUAGUUGAAUGAUCAUGAAAUUGCCUUCUUUUGAAAAUCGUUCAUCCGUCGAAUUUCCAGCUGAUGCAUCAACGAGCGAACAAUCUACAUAUGAUCAAGAGACAACAUCCCAUUCAACAUCAAGCAAUGGAGAGUUGUUGAAGAAGAGAAACUUUUGCAACUCACCACUAGGAAUUAAUCCGACCCUCCUUCGUAUGGUUUUUGCGGAGGCAUUGGGGACAUUUUUGCUAAUGUUUUGUAUAUGUGGGAUGAUGGCAAGCAUGGAAAUAAUGGGAGUGAAGGUGGGGCUUAUGGAAUAUGCAGCCACAGCAGCACUAACAGUAGUUGUUGUAGUCUUCUCUAUAGGCCCCAUUUCUGGGGCUCACAUUAAUCCUGCUGUCACUUUAGCAUUUGCAGCUGUUGGUCAUUUUCCAUGGUCCAAGGUUCCACUUUAUGUAGUGGCACAAGUGGGAGGUUCUAUACUGGCUACAUAUACAGGAAAAUUGGUGUAUGGAUUAAAAGCAGAAUUUGUGACAACAAGACCUCUCCAUGGUUGCACUUCAGCAUUUUUAGUGGAGCUUUUGGCAACCUUCAUUGUUCUCUUCCUAACUGCAUCACUGACAAAUGAUCCUCAGUCUACAGGACCAUUGUCUGGAUUUGUUGUUGGAGUGGCCAUAGGACUGGCUGUCCUAAUUUCGGGCCCUAUUUCAGGAGGAUCGAUGAACCCUGCCAGGUCUUUGGGACCAGCAAUUGUUGCAUGGAAGUUUGAUAACUUGUGGAUUUAUAUUGUAGCCCCAAUUAUAGGAGCUGUUGCAGGAGUUGUCUUCUAUCGGCUUUUACGCCUUCAAGGCUGGUCUUGCAAACCUAAUUCCUCUCCAAGAACAACUCAUCAACAUAAUCCACUCUAACUAAUAAUUUUAGUUUAGUAUAAACUUAAAUUUUCAUGGUAUUUGUGGAAGUUUUCUCACAAUAAAUGUAGGUUCGAUUCUCAUAGUUCACUUUUUCUUUUCGUUAUGUGAUAGGAAGUUACCAAAAUAUCUGUAUAUAUAUCCUAUUUAAACCGAUCGAUGUCGUAUACAUAUGUUCUUGAAUAACAUAAUACAUUGGUGACCUCAAGAAUUUGCCGCUAUUGGAAAAUUGAGCACUAUAACAGCUUGAGUGUCACGUUGGAUAACGUUUGUGCAAAUUUGUCACUUUCUUUCCAUUCUUUGUAACAACUCAACUACAAUUCAUAUCCAGCACGUCAUCAUAUACAACAAUAGAUAGAGAGGGGGUAAUAGAAGAUUGUUUCUUUCAUG